AUGUAUAAAUCAACGAAUGAUAAGGUCUCAAACGAAGGUGAAUUGAUCGGUAAGAAAGAUGUGGGAAAAAAAGUGAUUGUCGGAAGAGUAGGUUCCGGUACAUUAAUGUAUGUUGGUCCAGUAGAGGGUAAGACUGGUAUAUUUUGUGGUAUAGAAUUGGAUCGUCCUGAAGGGAAACAUGAUGGUACCUAUCAAGGUAUCGCAUAUUUUCAUUGUGCUCCACAACAUGGUAUAUUUGCGCCUUCCUAUAAAGUAGAAUUAUUGCAACAAGUGCCAGUAGUAUCAUCAAGACGACAUGAAAAAUUGAUACGAUCAGCAAUUUCGGCAUUUGCUGGUAGUGGUGAUAUGGAAAUGUCAACAGGAGCUGGAACAACACGUUCAACGAUGCCAUCGAUGGAUAUUAGUAUGGCUUCUGUUAGUUCAUUGGGAUCAUCGUUCAUUCUCGAUCAUUCAAUGAUUGGUCGAAGUCAUCAUCAUUAUCAAUUACUGGAAGAGAUUGAAUGCCCAAGUGAGCUUAUCGAAGUUGACGAUGAUGUGCCAUAUCAACCAUUGAAUACUAGCCUAGUUUUGGAAGAAUCACGUAUUGGAGUUGAUCGUCUUCCGAUCGUGGAUGACAACUUAUCCACCCCAUUGGUGGAGUAUGCUCCUAAUAAUGAUUCACAAAAAUAUCAACAACAACAACAACAACAACAGCAAAAUCAGGCUUAUAUGAUAGAUAGCCAUGCGAAUCAUUAUAAUCCAUAUCAGAUCAGUAAUGAUUCGCCUACUGAGCUUACAACUAAUUUAUCGGUAACACAACUAAUUCAUCCGGAUAUAUUAUCAUAUGAAUCGGAAUUUCCACAACAAAUACCAAAUGUAUUAUCACCUACUGAAAGAGUAUCAUCUAGUAUGAGCAUUGAUUCAACUAUGUCCGAUGAUGUUACCGUUGAUAUUCAUCAUCCAAUUCCUCUUGAUCCAUUGGAAAAACAACAGCAGAAGUUACCACUUCUUGUACCCCUUCCGGAACAAGAAAUAUCACCUGAAACACCGACAACAAGUACGGAUGUAACAGAGCAAGAAUCAAAUUGCUAUAAAUCGGUAAAUAAUAAUUUUACGAUUACAAAAGAAUCAGAGUUCAAAGAACAUUCACAGAAUAAAAAUGUAACGGUGAAAAAAUCGGAAAGUGUAGGAAAAGAAGAGAAAAAAGAAAGACCGAAAAAACCAAGACCGUUGUCAAUAAGGGAGCUUCAAAAUGCGCCAGUACCAGUACGACCACCAAAAUCGAAACCACCAUCUAAAUCACAAUUACUAAUGGAGAAACUUAAAGCAAGUAUUGAAGCGGAUAAAUUAAAACCAAAAAAGGAUGUUAAAUCAAAACUUCACAAUAUAUUAGCAGUAACUGCACCUAUUCGACGUACACAACCACAAACGAUUGUUGAUCGAAAUGAAGAAGAAAAGAUGUCACCUAAUGAUGAAAGGAAAAAGUCGCUGCAACCGCUAUCACCGAAUGCGAAACGUCGACGAAAUGAGGCAUUGAAAACGGUAAAUUCACGUACGCGACCUGAACAACGUCGAUUAUCACAACAGGUUGAUAAUGCAACAACAUCAACAAUUCGAUCAAAUAUGAAAUCAACACAAUUGUUAAUUCAACCAAAAACUGUUCAAAAAGCGCUACACUCCGGUUUGUCGAAAUCAUCUGCAACACAUCCAUCAGUUAAGAUUCGUAAAUCCGAAAAACAACCUACCUCAAUGAUCGUUGAAACACAACAACAAGAUGACAGCUUGAAAUUAAAACGAUUAACCGAUGCAAUUCGUGCAUUUGACAUCCUUGCUAUUGUUUUCGGACAGCAAAUUCAAAAGUACAAUGAUGAAUUACAUGAAGCAUUUGAAGAAAACAGAAAAUACGAAUCACAUAUGAAAACAUUAGAAGCAAAAUACGAGCAAUUAAUGAUAGCAAUGAAUACCGAUCAUAAUCGACAAAUUGAAAAUGGUUUGUGA